UUUGUCAAAGCCCUAAAUCCCACAUACACUCUACCCAGUAGAAAAACACUUUCCCAAACAAUGAUCCCAAAACUAUAUGACACAGAACGUGCAUUAUGGCAAGAAAGGGUGACAAAAGCUCCAUCAGUUUGCCUGACAACUGACUGCUGGACCUCCAGAACAACCUGCUCUUUCAUGUCUGUCACUUGCCACUUUAUUGAAGAUUACAAGAUGACAUCUUGCCUUCUGGACUGCUUCGAGUUCACCGACAGACACACUGCAGAAAACUUGGCAGUGGAGCUACUAAGAGUGGCAAAAGAGUGGCAAGUAGAGGACAAAGUGGUGUGCUGUGUGAGUGAUAAUGCUGCAAACAUCACCAAAGCCAUAAAAGUUUUGAAGUGGACCCAUCACCCAUGUCUGGCGCAUACACUAAACCUGGUGGUUAGAGAUGCUCUGAAGGUGAUCAAAACAACCGUGGAUAAGGUGAAGGCUGUUGUGGAGUUUUUCCACAAAAGCACAGUAGCAGCACAGAAGCUAAAGUCCACACAGCGCCAAAUGGGGAUUCCUGAACUGAGGCCCAAACAAGAGUGUGCCACCAGGUGGAACUCAACAUUUGAUAUGUUGAAACGAAUGCUUGAAAUAAAAGAUGCCAUCAUCUCCACCCUGGCCCUCAUCAACGCAUCUAUUGAGCCAUUAAGCCAAGAGGAAUGGGAGCUGGUGAAAGAGGUCUGCGCCGUCCUGCAACCAUUCCAGGAGGUGACUGUGGAGAUAAGUGCAGACAGCUAUGUCACAGCCUCGAAAAUGCUCCUGCUUUGCAAAGGUCUGCAGCUGGUGACAGCCGAGAACCAAUGGACAGUAACUGUGCAGAAAGUGAAGGAAUUAGUUGCAGCUCUUUGUUCAGCCAUGGACCGCAAAUUUCUGCGGAUGGAGUACAACACUGUCCUUUCAGAAACUACCUUAUUGGAUCCAAGGUUUAAAAACUUGCCUUCAGUGAUCGUAGAGCUGUUGAUGAAGCUCUUCAGAGGAUUAGUGCAGCAGCAGCAGCAAAAUGCACCCCCCAGCAGCCAGCCAGCUCCACCAUUACAGGGCCAAGUGGAGGAGGAGCAGCAAACCUCUGCUGUUUGGAGGCUUUUUGAUGACAGAGCUACAGGAGAUGCUUCAAGGAGAAAUCCGACAGCUGAUGCUAUAAUGGAGGUGAGGAGCUACCUUGAGGAGCCCCUCAUCCAGAGAGCAGAAGACCCACUGAGCUGGUGGCAGGCCAAGGCCUCAGUCUUUCCACUCCUGGUGAAGGUGAUGGAGGGGAGACUAUGUAUUGUUGCCACAUCAGUUCCUUCUGAGAGAAUCUUCUCCAAAACAGGGCAGAUACUCACGGAGAGGCGAAAUCGUAUCAGGCCUAUCAGCCCAUCCAAGCUGAGGCAUCUGAUCUUCCUGAAUGCCAACCUGCCCUGA